AUGGCUGCAGCCUCACUCUUCACAGCCAUCUACUUGGCUGUCAUCUAUCGCCUUACGAUCAACUUAACCGAAUUACCAUAUUCGAACGAACUACGACGUCCCGGCUCUACGGAAUUUUUCAAUGCCAACGAUCAAAUCGUCAAAUCCUUUCAGCAUCUGCUCAGACGAAUUCCUGGUCAUCAUGAAGCAUCGGUACUCGGUUACAGAUACCAUCAAGUGGUUGGUACUCUAGCCACUGUUGACAUCUAUUCGGAUCGACCA